GCUAACUGAAUCGCAGCUCGAUUUAUAUAGCUUCGACAUUUACGAUUUGUGUGUAAGGCGAUGUGAACUGUAUUAUUCUUACAAAAUUGUACAUAUUUACGUAGCAAUUUUAAUUGACAAUUUUAUUAUAUGUAGAAAUUUUUUUCUACAUAAAGAAAAAUGAAUAUGAUAUUCCGAAUACUUUUAACAAAUGGCGAAAUAAUGUUAAUCGCUACAAUGGCACUUUGCACUGCUGCCGUUCCUAAAAUUGAGACUCCAGUUCAUUUACCAGAUUUAGCACCGGUUAUAACACCAGUGCAUUAUGAUGCCAAAAUAAGAUUUAGUUACGAAACAAAUGACAUUAUUGGUGAAUGUAAUAUAACUAUACUUAUUAAUCGUCGAACAAAGAAGAUAUCUAUGCAUCCAGUGAUUUUCGCUAUAUUUCAAAUUGAUUUGUAUGACAACCUUUCUAAAGAACAAAUUAAUAUUCCAAAAUAUUCAUUUAAUAAUAAACUAAACAAGCUUAUGAUUGAUUUUUCUAACACGCCAAAACUUGCGAAAUUUUUAUCACCUGGAAGAUACACUCUACAAAUAGCAUAUAUACGUCACAUAAAUAAUGACAAGAAACACUUCUCUGCAUCUUCACACUCUAAUGAAACAAUAUGGAAGAACAAUAUGUUAAAUGCGACAGGUCUUGAUGUAAUGACUGCUCAACAACUAUUCCCAUGCUGGGACGAGAUAGCACUUAAUUCCACCUUUAAAAUUUCCAUCAAACAUCAUAAAAAUUACACUGUCUUAUCAAAUAUGCCUGUACAAACGACAGAAAAUGAUGACAAACAUGAUAUGAUGUGGACACAUUUUGAAAAAUCAUCUUUAAUGUCCAUUAAACAUAUAAAGAUUGUAAUAACUACAUUCACUAAAAUUUCUACUUUGGCUGGAUAUGUCACAUUGUGGAGUAGAAAAGACACAAUAAACUAUUUACACUUAGCGCAAUGUAUUAGCGAACAAGUCCUACGCUUUUUGAAACUUGAAAAUAGUGCAAUAGCCAAAAUACCAAAAAUAAACUAUGUUGUAUUUUGGGAUACUCAACAUAAUAACAGUGUAGAGACAUGGGGACUGAUUUUACAAAGCGAAGUUGAUAUUCUUCAUGACGAAGACUUAUAUCCCGUUGGGCAUAAAUUCAAAGUGUCGUACUUAAUAACAAAUCAAAUAGUAUCUCUUUGGUAUAAUGAUGUGAUGCUGUGGUCAAAAACAGGUUUUGUUACAUUUCUUGCAGCGUAUAUCUUCUAUGAGAUUUCUUCGAAUGAUGACAUACUGAAUUUAUUUGUCGUCGAAACACAACGGAAAUCCUUUGUUUUUGGUACUGCUUCUAAUGCAAUUAAAAAGAAUUCACUUAUUUAUUCUCCAGAUCAUAUAAAAUCAACCAAUGUAUGGCGCAUGUUAUACCAUUUGUUAACUCCUGAUGUGUUUUGGACUGGUAUCCGCACAUAUGUUACUAACAAACAAUACAAUCAAACAGAUAAAUUAUGGGACAUAAUGCAAACUGUUUUACGUACGUAUUCAAAUAACUCCAGCGACUUAAUUUUAAAAGAACUUAUAUAUGUUUGGAUUGCGGAACAAUAUUAUCCUGUACUGCACGUGACACGAAAUUAUUUUACUAACAAGACAGCAUUCGAAUAUCGCAGUUUCGAUUUUAUUGACGAGGAUACAGAACAUCUUUCAGUAUUCGUGACGUAUACGACAAAAUCAAAUAUGAACUUUCACGAUUUUUUUGUCAAUAAACCCUUUUGGCUAUCAUCGCAAAAACCGGAAAGAUUAGUGCAAAAGUUUGAUGAAAAUGAUUGGAUUAUAGUCAAUUUACAACAAACAGGAUAUUAUCGUGUUAAUUAUGAUACUGAUAAUUGGCUUAAACUUGCGCAGUACAUGAAUUCAACGAGAUAUUUCGACAUACAUAUUCUUAAUCGAGCUCAAAUCAUAGAUGAUGCGUUUUACUUCCUCAUACAUAAACAACUUGAUUACACUAUGUUUUGGAAAAUAUCUGAAUUUUUAUCACGAGAAACGAAUUAUGUAGUAUGGUAUGCUAUGUUUAAAGCUUUUGAACAUAUAACUUUUAUGGUUUCAAUUCAAGAAGCUAACGACGUGACGGAAAAUAUGAAAAAAAUAUUGAGUGGAGUUCUACAAAAAAUAGGAUAUAAUGCAAGGCCAUACGAGAACGAUCUUGUGGAAUGUUUAAGAGAGGAAGCCGUAAGAUGGGCAUGUCUUCUUGGUAACAAAGAAUGUGGAGAAGUAGCCAGUAUGCAAAUGAAAGAAGAUUUAUAUUCUACAAGUGAUAAUUCAACAAUGCAAUCAGAAUGGAAAGAAUGGAUGUAUUGUAAUGGUUUGAUAUCAGCGGACUACCAAAUUAUGCAACGCGACAAAAUUGCAAUAUUAAUUGUUAUUAUUACGCACCAACAUGCUGUAAAGCAAUUAAAUAAGACGAGUAUGGAAGACAAGUUACAAAUUAUGGGCUCUUCGGUAUACCUCGGUUAA